ACAGUUGUUUUCAACUCGUCGCUACGAAAAGUCGCAAAUAUUUAACUGUGCGUUCGAAACUCUUCAACAAAGAGAAGAAAAAAAAAUCUGGUUUCCAGUGAACUCAAUUGAUUGAUGAAAUCCAUUUUGUCAGAGAAAAUAGGAGUGAUAAUCAACAGUGUCAAUCAUUGUGUUAUAUUUGCCAAACGGAAAAAACUUGACUUUGAAAGGGGUGUUGUAAUUCAGCUGACUUGUCCUGUGAACAAAUCAGUCGCGAGUUUGAUAUUGAGCUAACAGCCGAGAGAGACCAAAGAAGUGGUAGCAUGAGUGAAGGAGUUUGUUGAAAAAAUUGGAAACAAUUUCACCAGACAAAGCCUCGUGUCGCGAAUGAACAACUUUUUGAGAAAGUCGAUUGUUGCAAACUAGUGUUAAAUAAAAUCGUGAAAAUGCUGUCCACGUUGAUCAGAGCCGGUUCCCUGCAGACCAUGGGUCGCCAGUUUGCUCGGUCGGUAGAGACCCCGGUGCAGAUGCAGCAUGCCAGGUUCAUCUCCAAGAGCAGCGAGGUCAACUCGGACUACAUGACCAUGCGAGAGAACCAGACCCAGAAAGUCAGCCGUGACUACAACAGCAAGUUGCAGGUCAGGCUGAAGAAAGUAUCGAGGACCCUAUCCACUCUUAACAACUCGAUUCCGGAAGCGGCCUCACAGACCAUCGUCACCAAAAGCGACGCCCGCGAGUUUAUGGCCGUCUUUCCUGAUCUAGUCCGUGAUUUGACUGAGUAUUGUAAGAAGUAUGACAACACAUUGGCCCCCAAGUGGUUCGUCAAGGCACUGCAGUACAAUGUGCCACAGGGCAAGAAGAACCGUGGACUGGCUGCGGUAUUGGCCUAUCGGAUGCUGUCCAAGAGCGAGGAUCUGACACCGGAAAACAUCCGAAGAGCUCACUACCUGGGUUGGGUCAUUGAAAUGUUCCAAGCUGUGUUCCUUAUUUGUGAUGAUGCAAUGGACGGCAGUCAAACUCGCCGUGGUCAGCCAUGUUGGUACAAACUGGAGGACGUUAAACUGUCGGGCAUCAACGAUGCCCUCAUGAUCGAUGCAGCAAUUUUCUACGUGCUUAAGAAGCAGUUCGGUGAUGAGCCUUACUACUCCAAAUUGGUCGAGACCUUUAAUGAAAUUAAGUUCAUCACAACCAUCGGACAAUCGCUCGACUUGCGAUCGGCGCGCAUGGAUGUCACAAAAUACACAAUGGAUCUGUACAAAUCCAUCGUUUGCCACAAGACUGCCUAUUAUACGUUCUACCUCCCGGUGGCGCUGGCCAUGCACAUGACUGGUUUCACCGAUCCGGAAGUGUUCCGCCAAACCAAAACCAUUCUGCUGGAGAUUGGCCUGUUCUAUCAGACUCAGGAUGAUUUCCUGGAUUGCUUCGGUGAUCCGGCCGUUACUGGUAAGAUCGGUACCGACAUCGAGGAAGGAAAGUGCACUUGGUUGUCCGUCGUGGCAAUGCAGCGCGCUUCCGACGAGCAGAAGGAGCUCAUGAAGCAGUGCUAUGGUUCCAGUGAUCCAGAGAAGGUAGCCCGUGUGAAGAAGCUGUACGAAGAGCUGGGUCUGCCAACGACCUAUGCCAUCUACGAGGAAGAGUCCUACAACAUGAUCAAAACUCACAUACAGCAAAUUUCCAGGGGACUCCCGCACGAGCUAUUCUUCAAGAUUAUGGAGAAGAUUUACCGUCGAGAUUGUUAAACUAUAUCAUCCGAUUUUUGCUUGGAUGAGACAACCAGAGAAGGGUUGUGACAGAAUAUUUGUAGCUUUUAGGAACCUAAUCCUACGUGUACUCCCCCACAAUAAGACUGGCCCAAACUGUCCGCCAGUGUGCUAAUUGAUAUAGAAUAGAGCAAUGGCUGAGGUUUUUAGAAAAUUUUAGCCAUCAGUACGUUUACUUAAUCGUUCAUUGUACAGCAACGAUGAUUCGUGAUGAUGUGUUUCGUGUUUUAGUCAGGAUGAAUUGUGUUUUGAUAUGUUCAAUCCCAGAUGAUGAAUCGCAUUUAAAAAUUCACACAAAAAUUUCAUUUCUACUAUAUGGUCGGACUAAUCAAAGCAAUUGAACAUAAACAUUGUCUAAUUUUAGAUUUUUAAUAGAGAAGCCUUACAUUGUACGAAUUAAUUUUGAUCUUUGGUAUAUUGAAUGCAGUCAGGUAUAAGUAAUUUAUCUUAAGCACAAACAAUAACUGUUUGAUAAUUAUUCGUGUAAAAAAGAUCAUUAUUAAUAUAUUAAAUGCAGAACAAUAAAAA